AUGAUGCGAGAAGCUUCAUACAAGCUUUUCAAAUCGACAGAUGUUUGUUUACCUUAUUGGGAUUCGACAAUGGAUGGACGUUUACCGACACCAGCUCAUUCUUAUUUCUUCACCGCUGAUUUCAUUGGAAGUACAAAUUCUACUGGACAAGUUAUUGAUGGGCCUUUUUCACCUUGGGAAACAUUAAUGAAUACAGAUUAUAUUCAAAGAGACGUAGGUAGGCAUGGAAGCUGCUACAAAGAAGAAUAG